AUGUUAAGGCACAGUCUCAUCAUUCGAUAUGAAGAUGUCAUCCUCGGAAUCGCAGAUAUUAUAGACUCUUGUGAAUUACAACAGAUUCAAUGCACGAACCACCAAAAUCGUUCAAAUGUUCACAGAAAAAAUCAAAAUAGGAAAAAAAAUCAAUCGAAGAUGGAUGAAAGGAAAGAAAUGCCAGAUUUAUAUGAGUUUCUGGUUGAAGCAGAGCUUCAGCAGUAUUAUUCUAGCUUAAAAAAUGAGCUAAAAAUAACUGCUAUACACCAACUCAAGUACGCAACGGAUAAUGAUUUUAAAAGCAUCGGAUUCUCACGACCUGAAAUCCGUCGACUUCAUAAAUUCCAUGACAAAUAUUACUCUCAAGGUUAUUUGAUUCUAGAUAAAAACACCAGUUCACCAUAUUGGCUUGGUGUCCUUAACUCCGGCAAAGUUGGAUUAUUUAAUCCAGCAAAUACCGUUGCACAUCUCGAGAGUCUUCCAUCGUCAUCAUCAUCAUCAAUGAACAACAAUCACCAUGGAAGUGUUGGUGGUUCAUUUAUUCGUAACACUUUAGAGCGCAACAGUAAAAGAAAACUCAAUACUGACAUGAUUUCGAGUCCACAAAACGAUUUGAAGCACACUGGACAUGUUGGUAUUGAUGGAGCUUAUUUUGGUAAUGUUGCAUUUAUAUCUAAUUCCCAAACGUACAAUAAACUUCCACGGCAAGUUGUAACACCAUAUAAACCUUCAGAAGAUUUAGAGCAGACACCUUUAUUACUCCCUCCAACGCCAACAUCACCCGAUUCAACACAAACAGGCAGUGCCUACUUCUCGGAAUCUUCCAAUUUAAUUCCAUCAUCAAAUGCACAACAACAUGAACGAUCGCACAAUAAUAUUGAAACGGCUACAUUGUUAUCUGGUGAUUUUCAACGAUUAAGCUCAACAAUUGUUUCUAGUAAUGGACAUUUUAAUGAGUCGAAUCCUUUUGCACAAUCUGAUCAUCAAUUAUGGACGACGGAAAUGGCAAAGAACUUUGUUGUUCAGCUGCCACAACAGGAAAAGAAAGUUUGGGAUAAACAAGAAUCUCAUGAUUAUCAUGAAAUCUCUGACGAUGAGAUGAUGCAGAACGAUAAAGUUUUUGAUUUUGGACCAUCGCUUCUUGAUGAAAUGGAUUUUAUGUUUCGUUCAAUGACAACAGGAACGUCAUCUGGUGGUGGGGGUGGCGAAUCUGCGUCACUCAAUAAUCCACCAUUAACACCAAACUUUGAAAAUGUCAACAAACGAAAUGAGUUGACUGAAAUCAAUUCAAAAUUGAGUCGAAAGAGUUCGGGUGGCAAUGCUAUAGCAAGUGGCAUGACGGCUGUCGCAACAUACAAAAGUAAAAAGAAAGCAUCAACUGUGAAGCCAAUCUCCGUCAAGGAUGAGAAAAUACUCAAUCAAGCAAUUGAAAUUGCGAAUGAGAUGAGUGCAAGAUCAAUGACAGACCUCGAUCAAAGCUCAUCGACACAAAGUCCAAGACGAAAGUUCAGUUUCCGUUUUCCGAAUCUCACACAUUCAUCAUCAAAUCAUGAUAAAGAUAAUGGACAACAUUUGAUGACGUUGAGUGGUGGUAGUAGUUCCAUGAAUCAACAUGGAAUGAGUUAUCUUGGAAAAGAUCGAAGGAACUUCAGCGAAGAAGCGAAAAACGUGCCAGACUUACAAAGAUUCCGUUCAUUGACGGAAAUUGAAAGUUGUCGUGAUAGCAAUUCACGUGACAUUAAAAUUCCAAUUUUUGAUAAGAAAACGUCGGACUUUUGCUUUGAAAAGUCUCGUGAAAUAUUAAGUAAACCAUUUUCAAUUGAUCUUAACACAUCAACACUUGACAAGCGUGUUUAUGAUAAAAAGACGCGCGAUUUAAUUGGCGAAAAUUUACUUGACAUUGAAAAAACGCUAAACGCUUUGAACUUGGAUUUUUUGCAAGCAUUUAAUGAGCUUGAAAAGACCGAUUCUGCGGAAACGCUCUUCGGCGAAAACUUUUUGCUUCAAAAUAAUUUAAAGUCACAGGGAUCUGUGAAAACAAUGGCUAAUUUUAAGAAGCUUACAAAUGACUUGGACAAUACAGUGAAGAAGUCUUCAUCUUCAACCCGCGAUUAUUACUCGCCUUUGGAUAGACGCUCAACAGCUUCCGACAAGUCUUACAGUCCAAAGGACUCUCAAAAGACAACACCCAAUAGUUAUAGUCCCCAAGAAAGCACAGCAACAUCCCGUGGCUUAUUCUUCAACUACAAUCCCAUUAACAGCAAUAGAUCAGCUUUCAUUUCACCUACGAAAAGGAUGUUUGCCAACCAACAAUUCUUAAAUCAAGCAAGAAAAUAUGACGAAACAUUUCAAACCGGUCCAAGACAAAGGUCGAUGUCAUUCACAGAGAAUUUAGAAAUAAAGUCACCGACGACAAUAACGACAAUAUCAGGUGUUAUAAAGCCAAUGAUGAGUAGCAACAAUACUAAAGGUGGCGAAGUUCGUAAAACUGGAUCGCUUGAUGAAGAGAAGAAUGACAGAAAUUAUAUUUUGCCAAGUCAAGGUCAAUUGCUUGCUCAUAAACCGAGAAACAUUAUAACAUAUAAGCCGAAAAGCAUAAGAGCACGAAAUCUUCGCCGUUUAAGUUAUAAUCCAUUGAAUAUGGUCGACUCAUCAUCGUCAAGCAGCGAAAGCGAUAUGGAUCGUAGUAUUGCCCACUCAGAAUGUGACAUAAGAUCGAAAAGUUAUUCUUCUCGUUUUCAAAAACGCCGACAACAAUAUCUGAAUAAUCAUCAUAAACUUCACAACAGCACGAGCAGUUCGUACUAUCAACGUGGCAACUCACAGUAUAGCAACAACAGCAGCAAUUCAAAUAUGAAUGGACGUGAUAAACUUUAUGGAUCGAAUGCAUCAAUUAAAAGCGCUCCACAUUAUAAUUAUAUGAGCGAUCGGAAGAGAUUCUCCAAUGACGAUCGAAUUGUGGGUGGUGAAGAUAAGACAACAAUGAGUAGUAGUGAUAUUGAAUCGGAUGAUGAUUUGAAUAGCAGUUCCAUAAGUGAUCAACGUAAGAAAAACUUGUUUGAGUCGUCUAGAACUCUCACACCCACACAACAACCACCGCAGCCACCGCCACCACCUGCACAACAGACACAAAUCACAUCAAACUUUAAUAAUAUUUAUGAGUUUGUUGGCAAGUGUUUUAAUCGAAGCUACAGCAACAGUUCAUCGGCUCACAAUGAGAAGUCAUCGAAUGUCAUCAAGCAACAACAACAACAGAAGAAAUAUUUAAGCGACAAAUACAGCCAAGUUAAGAGUGGAAAGCUGUCAAGCUCAAAUUUAGAUCUAUUAUAUUCCGAUUUUGAUGUGUCAAAAUUGACCGGCAAAUCUCCAACAACUCAAAGUUAUUUCGAUAUAAUGGACUACUCAAAUUUAAAUAGGAAGUCUUCGUUACGACAAGGAAAUAAAACAUCAAUCAAUUCUCGAGGUGGAAGCUUUCAUUGGCCUGAGAAAAUUCAUGGCGCGACAGUGAAGCAAAAUGAUCUCAUCAGACAAUUGCAGCAGCAACAUGAACAAGACAUGCAGGAGAAGGAAGAACGACGACAACAACAGAAACGAAUGAUGAUCGAUAAUCUUAAGAUGAAGAAGUCAACUUACUCAAGUGACUCGACAAGCACUGAAAACGAUUCUCUUAAUUUUCGUCAUCAAGAAUUUAUGCCGCCAAGCCCCGCUCCUUAA